AUGUUGUCUGUCUGUGACCUGACACCGGAUAUAUUUUCUUUUUACAACAGCGUUCACCCUGUACAAGUUUGUUCAUUAUCUAUCUAUCUAUCUAUCUAUCUAUCUAUCUCUUCCUAUUCCGAUCUAUCUAUCUAUCUAUCUAUCUAUCUAUCUAUCUCUUCCUAUUCCGAUCUAUCUAUCUAUCUCUUCCUAUUCCGAUCUAUCUAUCUAUCGCUUCCUAUUCCGAUCUAUCUAUCUAUCUAUCUAUCUAUCUAUCUAUCUAUCUAUCUAUCUAUCUAUCUAUCUAUCGCUUCCUAUUCCUAUCUAUCUAUCUAUCUAUCUAUCUAUCUAUCUAUCUAUCUAUCUAUUCUAUCUAUCUAUCUAUCUAUCUAUCUGUCUGUCUGUCGUCCGUGCAUUAUCUAUCUAUCACUCUUCACUGUAUAUCUAUGUCUAUUCAACAUCUAUCAAUGUCUAUUCAGUAUCUAUCUAUCUAUAUAUCUAUCUAUCUAUGUCUCUUCAGUGUAUAUCUAUUACUUUCCAAGAUCUAUCUAUCUAUCUAUCUAUGUCUCUUCAGUGUAUAUCUAUUACUUUCCAAGAUCUAUCUAUCUAUCUAUCUAUCUAUCUAUCUAUCUAUCUAUCUAUCUGUCUGUUUGUCUGUCACAUUAG